AAUCGUAACUCUUGUUGUUGCAUAGAAAUUUAUACGACAAAUGCAUUGUUAAGUUUGUUUUCACAUUGUUUGUUAUAUAUAACUGAAUUACGAUUUAGUUUCAUCAUUUUUUGCGGUCAUUGCACGUUCCGUCUUUUAUUAUUAAAACGUUAUACGGUCGAUAAAAAGUACUUAAGUAAGUACUCACUUUUCGGUUUUGGAUCACUUCCAUAUAGGAAAAUGUCAUCGAAGAAGAACAAGCUGAAAGUUCGAUAAAGCUAGACUCUAGAGUUCUUCGUUUACACGGAGAAUGAGUGUGUGUAUGAGAAAGAGAGAAAGAGAGAAAGAGAAAGAGAGGUGGAAGCGUAUAGUAAGGGUCGAAUCUCCCGAAUCAUAGUUUAGUAGAGCGGUGCGCGGCCACGAGCUCGGCCGUUCAUCGGCCAGCGCGAUGCUGUUUUGCACUUUUGUGCGAACAGCAUUUUCCGCAUCCCUUGGUGCCGUUGUCCAGAUAGUGAUCUUGGUUUUACAAAGUUCUACCACAUCGAGGGUUCAAGCUACUCUGCCACCUGGUGCUGAAGAUGAGAUAAUUUUGAUCGAACAUCUACCUGGUCGUCGAGUUCAUCUACAAGACUUUUUUUGGACCGGUAUAGAUGACGCACCACCAUGGGUGGAUCCAAAUCAAGGUUUGACCUUCUACGAGACCAGAACGGUUCAUCACACUGUCACUAUUUAUUCUCCAAACGAUUACGACGAUAAAAGUGCUUCGGCGCCUGCACCUCCACAUGGAUCCACUCCUCAGGGACCUGGAUGUACCACUUGCAUUAAUCCCACUCCGCGUUUGGAUGAAGACGAGGACCAAGAUAUUGGGAUUCUGAUUGGUGAAGAUCCUGGACCCAGGUACUGGUUAUUGACCGUUUUACGAGCUGGGGAAUCCAUACCACAGAAAGUGGAGUUAAAAUUGGCUCGUCUCUAUCGGACCGCGUUUUCAAGGCAACAACAACGUCAUCUUGGUCUUCUUUCGACCGAUCCUCGAGCUCGCAGAGCAACCGAACAACGUGGCUUCCACGAACGAAUGACAACUGGUACGAUCCUACAAAAGUCAUCGAAAGAAAACGCAACGAUUCCUACAGAAAGUUCAAUCGAAUUGAAAGAAGAGAGGAUGAUCGAUGUAUCGAAACGAGGAAGAAAAUUUUUCGGGAAAUUUCGAAACAACGACAGUGAAAUUUUGGAUAAUGUCUUCAAUAAAAAUCAAACUCACGAAGAUUUAAAUUUGGGAGACAAUGAAAAGUCUUCGAAAAAAGUAGAAUCGAAUUUGAAUUAUUUGGGUUUGAAAAAACUUCGAUUGAGAAGUUUGAACAAACAGGAAGAUGAUGAUGAUAUAAUGCUUACAAAUUCGUCGUCGAUGAUUUUUAAGGAUCAGCAUCCACUGAACUUCAGUUCAAGGUCACCCGUUGAUUGGAAACGGACCGAAGAAAGCAAUAAGGACAUCAAUUUGACUGGCCGAUCAAAAUUACGUUCUUUGGAUGGUGUCGUACAGAUAAAGAUGCACAAUACGAGCAUAAUAGAGGGCGAAGGUACUAGACUGAUCUAUUCCGUUCAUCUUGAUGGAAAACCUGUACCAGCUGAAACGGCAGCCAGAGAUAUGGCACUCCUUUCGUCUCAAGAAGUUGCUCUUGAACUUGGUGUACCUGUUAUUAUCCGAAGCGAACCAUAUUUAAAAGAAACAAGACCCUUAGCCCUUUCGAGAAAAAGGGAUGUUUGGUUACUGGUAGGAGCUGCUGGAGCUGCUGUAAUCUUAUUAGUCCUACUCCUUACUGGUUUGGUCCUAAUAGCCAAGAGAAAACGAGCUCACAGUGCUGUCGUACCACCACCGAACAAAAGUAUACUUAAAAAGGAACGGGAUUACGUUCUACCAUCUUCUGGUCUUGACAAUACAGCUUUCUUGACGCCUGACUCAGAAGGCAAGAUCGAAGGUACUAGUCAAAGGCAAACACCAGGAACCCUUUCGAGAACUCCUGAUACCACCGACAGUCUUCAUCGUAGCGUCGACGAAUUUUCCACGGACAACGAGGAGGAAUCUAAAAAACUUGCUGCAGCUAGUCCUUGGAGCAUCGAGGAACAACCUUCAAGAAAAACAAGAGUGACACAGGGAAGAAUGACAAGAACAAACGCCAUCGAUCCACCAAGAACUCCAGAUUCAAUGGAUACUAUUGCCGAUCAUGCAGAGAUGUUGGAAUCACUUGAGAAUGGUUAUCCGAGACAAGAAGAGGUUCCAGUCUCUCCACGUUCUUAUCUAUCCAUGCCUUCUUGCAAACAAUUUCCAAGUAUGCGAAGCGUCGAACCACUUUCAAGAGUCCUCGAGCCAGUAACAGUCAAGCAUUUGGACGUAGACUCUCCUGAAAGUGGAAGGCGCAAAGACAAUGGCUACGUCGCUCAUCAAAGAAGCGAAAAAAUGGAUGAAACAUUUUUAACGAGAGCAGCCAGUGCUUCUAGAGAUCCUGGAGUCGUAGGACCUAUCGUUUGGACACUAAAGAGACAAGGAUUAUCUACCGAAGGUAAUGGUACGUCCGAAAUAUCGGACGUCGAACAGAUCUUCGUGGGAUCAGGUGGUCCCGUGGGUCGUGCUAGGAGACGUCUCCACGAACUCCUCGAGGACUCCUUCAGCCUCUUCGGAAGCAGAGAGCCCAAGUCCAGAGAAUUUCAAACGUCGAAUACGCGUCCGAACUCUGCCGUACGCACGACGGAUGCUCUCACGAUAUUUACCGAAGGAAGGCAUAGUCCGACGUCAACUCCGCCUGCGGAAUUAAGUACUCGACCUCGCACGUCAGCAUCAAGAAGAAAUUUGCCAGAGGAUAUUCCUGAAACUGGCCAGUCAAGUCACACACGUGGUACUUGGGGCUCGAGACCACUCAGUGCCGGUCCGUUUCACAAACCUAAUCUACCAGAAGUGGAUACCAGACGUAUCCUAGCGGAUUCUCAACUCUCACCGGAGGAUCCAGCGGUACCUUUAAUCAGCAGUAUUAAGAAAGAACUGGAAAAGUUCUCUCCGCGAUAAAUGAAUAAAUUAACGAAAUAGUUGAAUUUAUUUUACGGGACGCUCUUUUUACUUCGCGAGAUUCCUAAAUAAUUUCUAAAUCGAUCGAUAUUGGUAACAAUUUAAAAGUCCUAGCGUACAUACGUAUUUGUGCCAGUAUAAACAAACAAA